AUGGAAGAUAAUGUGUCUUAUCAAUUUGCUCCGGUACGACAGCGUAGAGAAGAUAGACAGGAUAUCAAUCAAGGAUGUGUGGUAUCGGUGAAAAAGGUAAAAAUCGAAAAUCUUUACACUUUUCCGGAAUCUGAUAAUCUAGAUCGUGUCAAUGCAGAGAUGGUUAAUCAUUAUGAAGAUGUGCAAAAUUUUGUUCCAUUUUUAUCCUGUCAUAUCACUUUCGGCAAUGCUUAUCGAGUUAAAGAAAAUCCUUUAAAUAGAAGUCAUACUGUACUUGGAUUAUUCAAACCGACUGACAGACGCCCGAUAGAUCCACCUCCAAUAAUCCAAUUAAAAGUUCAUGAUCCCACCCUGCCACAAGCCGAAAAAAGUUCAUUCCUUCAGAAUCCUUAUUUUUUUAUGUACGCGUCUUUAAUGGCUCCUGAUACAACUGAAGAGCUACAUUUACUUCGAGAUGGCAAGACACGUUCUACGACCGGCUCCGUUGUUUCUUCCCUAUACCAUCUUAAAGACAUUGAUAACUCUGAUGCUGGAUUUUUCGUAUUUCCUGAUUUAUCUGUACGCAUGGAAGGAACAUAUCGUUUAAAACUAAGUCUUUUUGAAAUAAUCGAACGCGAUGUAUAUCAUUGUAAAUCAAUAUUAUCAGAUAUAUUCAUCGUAUAUUCUGCAAAAAGAUUUCCUGGAAUGGAAGAAUCAACGUUUUUAUCAAGGUCUUUUGCCGAUCAAGGUUUAAAAAUCAGAAUAAGAAAAGAAAUCAGGAUACGAAGGCGGUUAGCUAAAAGAAAAGAAUUAGAACCGAUUGAAAGUGCUGAUGUAAAUAGGAUGAAACGCGUACGCGGUGAUGAUAGAUUCGAUAAUGAUAGUCGUGACUCUUCUGAUUUGGAAGUGACAGAUCUUUCACAGUCUACAGAUGAGAUACGUUCUAAGAGAACUCCUGAUUUAACCGAAAGACGAAAUGAUCAUACAAAUAAAAGUCCAUCCAUGUCAUAUAUUCGAGGGCCCUACGAUCAUAUGCCUCACAUGGGUCCAUAUGAUCAUAAUUCUCCUUUGUAUGGACCAGGAUAUCCACCACAUCGACCAAUUUCCUGGCAUGCCCGCCCGGAGUAUGAUCCGCAUUACCCCCCUUAUUAUGAUCCAUAUGACAGAAGAUAUGGUUAUCAUCCUUACUAUUAUCCUCCUCCAUUACCUGAAGGUGCAGACCAUCAUCGUUAUCCAUAUUCUCAUCCACCAACUUAUGGCAGGCCUCCAAUUUAUCCAAAUCAACCUGGAUAUUAUGAUACACCACCAAGGAUCCCUCAUUCUUCAAACGAAUCUUCGGGUGUCUCUAGACCUUAUGGAUAUGAUAUGUCAAAUCCUUACCCUUCUCCGCGACAAUGGACACAUUAUGGUGAACGUCCAUCUCAAAGAGAUCAUAGUACUGAUUCUUCUUCUUCAUAUCGGAGUGACCUACCUCCAAUACCGCCACGUCGCCCGGUGUAUUCAUAUCCUGAAUAUUAUCAUACAUAUCAUCUACCUCCUCCACCUAAACAGGAUAAUGGACAAGGUGAUCAUACUUCAGGUCAACCUGGUUCCGCUAAAAUUCCUAUUCAAGAUCUUUUAUCUACUGAACAACAACAAUUGCAACCUAACUCUGAACGUACUACUAACGGUGUCCCUUCUCCCCGCACAUAUGGAGCUCCUCCGUCUGCAUUUGCCCAUCUUUAUCCUCAUCCUAGUCGUUCUCAUGAAUACCAGUCACGACAUGAUAUGUACAAUCAUUCUCGAUAUUCACAUGAUGUUAGAUAUCCACCUCAUGAAAGUUUACCACAUUAUGGUCAAAGGGUUACCUCUGACUCACCAGGUCCAGUGAGUACAAAAGCCAUACAUCCACCAACAACAUUGCAGCCUCAAGAUCCUACACAUUCUUCAACAACUUCGAUAUCAGCGAUCCAAUCAAUGUCAUCAAGAUCCGAUUUUUCUAUACAUGGAGACCGAAAUAUGGAGUAUAUUCAAUAUGAUCCUGCACGUCGAUCAUAUCCUGAUGAGCAGUCACCUUUUGGUAAUUCAGGAGCAGUGACAUCUUCCGAUUCAACCUCAUCCCCACAAUCCUCAGUUUAUAAUGGACGUGUUGUUCCGACAUCAUCACCUAUAGAAGUCAAAUAG